GUUGCCCCAACUGUUCUCAUAUAAGACAGACUGUGAAUCCACUCUGUCCUAAUAGCUACCUGGCUGCAGGACAGAAGUGCUACCGAGAUGGACUCCUGGAUCCUCCUCCCAUUGAUGGUUCUAAGCAGCUACUGUUGCUAUGGCAGCCUCUGCUGCCCUCACGUGUGCAUAUGCCACUUUUCCAGCAAUGCUACUGAGGUGGUCUGCAGCAACAUCGCUUUCACGGUCUUUCCCUACGACCGUCUUCCCAGCAACACCACCUCUCUGUUUAUUGAGUUCACCAACCUGAGCUCUAUAUUUGCCCACCAGUUGGAGGCUGUACCCCUCUUGCAGGAACUGCACCUGUCUGGGAAUCAGCUCAGUAGUCUUCCAGAAGACCUGUUGAAGGGUCUGGUCCACCUGCACACGCUGGACCUCACGGGAAACCGGCUAGAACGUCUGCCAGCUGCAGUGUUCAACCACGCGCCACUGGUGAACCUGGUGCUCAGAGAUAACAUGCUCCUCACAGCUGAUGCUGAGUGGCUCCCUGCCUCCAGCAAUAUCACCUGGCUGGACCUGGGAGGGAACCGCCUGAGCUCCAUGCCCACCAAGCUGCUGCAGGACCUAACAAAGCUGGAGAGGCUAGACCUGAGCAACAAUCGCUUGGAGAAGCUGCCUGCCGGGAUCCUAGAUUCCCUUCCCAACCUGCAGAGGCUCCACCUGGAGGGGAACAGGUUGAGCUCCGUGGACCAAUCCGCUUUCCAGCACUCCUCCAACCUAACACAUCUGUUCCUGCAGGAAAACCAGCUGUAUAAGUUGCCCGCCGCCCUAUUCCAGGGUUUGCACCAUCUGGAAGUUCUGAGCCUCAACGACAACAAGCUCUGUUCUCUGCAGUCUGGCCUUUUGGACAAGCUGCCCGCUCUGGGGUCUGGUGCCGGCCAGGGGGUGGACCUCUCUCAAAACCCCUGGGAAUGCAAGGUAGAUGUGGUUUACCUCUGGAAGUGGCUGCGAGACCACCAGAAAGUAGUGUUUUUCCCAGAGAACAUACAGUGUGACAGUCCUGAAUCCCUCAAGGGAAGGCCUAUCUUGUCCCUUACUGAAGAAGAGUUAAAGACAGAAUAGGAUGCCAGGUAAUGCACACCAAGGGGAUGUGAUUCUCUUUGCAGACUUCCCAAAUCUGAAAAUAGCUGCAUGGCACUCUCUUUGCUUGAAAUUAUGUGGUUAUUUAAGCUUAAAGAUAAUGGAAUCGAAUAACAGUAGAUUUGUGCUUUUUUAAAUAGAUAGCUGUCAGUUUCAGCCACUUGAGUUUUGGUUUCAUUAAUGUUUUUCUUUGAACAAUGAAUCCAGAAGGCAUUACAAUACAUUUACUCCUCGCAAACAAAUUUAAGGCUCAUCUUGUCACUCUUACAUUUGGCGAUUUCUGUUAAAUUCUAUUUAAUUUCUAAGACACAUCUACGUCAACACCAGAAGUGAAAAACUCUCCCCUCCCACACGUCUAUGACACUGUGAGUCCAAUAGGUAGCGUUUCUCUCCUGCUUGGCCCUUGGGUUCUCCAAACACUUCACCGGGCUCAGUGUCUUUCUAAAGCCCUGUUUUUCAGAAGCUGAAAAGCCCAAACGCACCCCUUUGACUGUAUAGCACGUUGUGGUCAAUCACGAUUCUGAGCCAUGCUUCCUUCCCCUUUACAUAAACACACAAUUCGUAUUAAUAUUUGAAAAAGAAAAACAUGUUUUAUUCAUCUCCAAUGCCACCAGAGGGGGCCAGACUCAGAGCGACUGAUCGUUCGUUGGCAAUGUAUUCAAGUCUGAUUAUUCAAGUUGAGUGAUAUAUUAUAUAUGACAGCAAACUGCUUAAUACUCAUUGUAUACAGCUUGUAAUAGGCACUUACAUA